AUGCCGCGCGGUAAGCCCAGCCAGGCAAGUGAGCCGGAAGCGGGCGCGUGGCUGUUUGAUGACACCAUGUUCCAACUGGUACCACACGACAAGAAUCAGUUCGACAAGACACAAAUACCCGUUGCGCUCAAAGCACUGGGGAACGUCGUCGGGCAAACACAUAAUUUAAUGGUGUCAAAUUUAAGUACCAUUGAUGAUCAGCUUGGUAAUACCGUGAAGCAUACAGUGUCGUCUCCUCAAUUUCUUGAUUCACUUCAACAAUCGCUAGUCUUUGGCCCUUUCAUUGGAGAAUUAUGUAAACAAAUCACGUCGUCACCCGUUUUCGUUGAUUUGAUAACAUCGAUGGUAUCUGAUACGUUAAAACAACAACAAGAAGAGAUUUGUCGGCUACAAAAAACGGCUGAUGAUUUUUGA